AUGGCUUACUUCAACACCACAGGCGUAGCGCUUGUCACAGGUGUCACUGGUGGGAUUGGCCAAGGCGCUGCAAAUGCACUUGCUGCCGCAGGUGCGACGGCAAUCGCGUUGGCGGACGUUGAUGGAGAGAGAGUCCACCACGCUGCCAAGAAUAGCAAGCGGUACGCCACGGACGCCCAGUACCGUGCAAGAAGCUGGAAGCUCGACAUGACGGACCACGCGGCCGUUGACCAGGUUGUCAAGGCCGUGGUAGCACAAUUCGGCAGACUCGACUACCUCGUGAACAGCGCUGGUGUCGACGUGAAACAACAUGUGGCCGUGCCAGAUGACGAUCCUGCCGACUACUACCGGGUCAUGGCCGUAAAUGCCAAAGGCAUCUUGACGGUGUCAAGAGCCGUCUCGAAAGCCAUGGCAGAGCAGGAGCCGAAGCAGUUCACCACUCUCAGCGGCGUCCAUCGAAGUCUCGGGCGAGGUCAGAUAGUCAAUGUGACUUCGGCCAUGUCACUAGCAGCGGUUCCCAGAAAAGUGGCAUACACCGCAUCGAAGCAUGCUGCUCUUGCGACCACUCGAGCGAUGUGUAUGUGA